AUGGUGGGCAUUGGAUUGGAGUCAACGCUGACGCUGUCCGGCAUGCCGAGUGGUGUCCGCGGCGUGUGCGGCGUACACCGGCCCAUCGAGGACUCGCUGCGAGACAUCUGCACGCCUACGCUCUCCCUGCCGGCAUCCCGUCCCUGCAUCUCGUGCCGCCUCAUUCCGCUCCUACGCUUAGUAACGGCAUCUUAUCUCUCUACCGGAGCACUGGCGGACCCUGACUGCGAAGAGUCGAGCCGUGCACGGCACCACCUAGCCUUGCGAACAAAUGAUUGCGCGCGCAACCCUCGCCCACGUCCCAAUCGGCCCACCCCUCGCCAUUACGCCCACGCCACCACUCCCCACCACCCCCCACCCUCCUCAAACCACUCUAGCACCCAGUUCGCCCACACUAUACACAACCACCCUAAAAACCUGAAUGCCGCACGGCCCUCUCACCCUCCGGUGCUUGCCGAGCUCAACCCAGGUGACCUAUUUGCCCUGGAUUUCGCCACCAUCCACCCGACCACCUUACUCACACUUGCCGCCGGUAUUGAU